AACAGCAAAAGGGCAUAAGUUAUUACAAUAAGAAUACGUUGUGUAAGGACUGCUUCAAAGUUUCCAUGCUUGUGUUUGUCGAGUACUGUAGGUUCUCCGAGACCCUUCGCCCACGGAAUUGGUUUUUGCUUCAAAUACAUCCGGCGAUUUAGAUCAAAUAAAUAAAAAACCCAUGUCAAUGAUGUCGUGGUGAUAAUUUUUUACCGGAAAAGGGUGAGCCAAAGAUGUCGGUGUCAUUGUCGGAUGCGACCGGAUACAUGCCGGCUUACGAUGAAGCUGGUGCUGCAGCUGGGUACCAUAACCAGUUCAAGCCAUAUAGCAGUACUAGCGUGUGCGAGAUCGAGGAAAGUACGAGCGAAAUCUUCGAGAUCGACCAUGGAGUGCCGCCGAUGGGAUCCAUCAAAGAAGAGUUUGAAGGGAGUGUGUUUUCGUUGGAUGUUCAGAACUGGGAAGACUGCGUGUACGUGGCCGUGGGGAAGAGCGAGUCCAGCAUGGAAGCGCUUACUUGGACUUUGAAGCACGCUGUUAAUCCCUCCACUGUCGUCUAUCUCAUCCAUGUCUUCCCGGAGGUUCAGUACAUACCUAGCCCAUUAGGAAAGCUUCCAAAGAAUCAAGUGAGUGCAGAGCAAGUGGAGAGCUACAUGGCCCAGGAAAGAGGCAAGAGGAGAGAACUCCUCCAAAAGUAUCUUGAUGCCUGCUCCACUUUCGGGGUUAAGUUCGAUACCAUUCUUAUCGAAAGUGAUAUGGUUGCAAAGGCGAUCCUAGAACUCAUUCCUGUUCUCAAUAUUAGAAAGCUGGUUGUUGGAACCACUAAAUCCAGUCUAAGGAAAUUGAGGUCUAGGAGAGGAAGUGGGAUAGCUGAUCAAAUGCUGCAGAAUGCACGGGUAAGUUGUGAGGUUAAGAUCAUAUGUGAAGGAAAAGGAGUGAUUGAACAGAUGACCGAGACCCCUUCUCCACGUGACAAUAUUGAUGAUAAUACUCCCAAGCAGCCUCCACAAGAGCAAGAUCAACGCAAUGACUCGUUUUCCUGCAUGUGCUUCAAACCCAUGUUCAAGUAAUAGUUACAAAUAAUUGCAGAGAAACACUACAAGAUCAGAAGGGACAGAUCUCUUGGAUUGAUUUAGAGUGUAAUAUCUGAUGCUGUACAUUAAAAUCUUGAGAACACUAUUUGGGAUUCUGAUC